AUGGGCUUCUUCAGCGGUACCAAAAAGAAAGAUAACAAAUCAAAUUAUGAUAGUGAUGCUAUCAAAGUUGAAAUUUCAGCUCCAACCGACUUCAAAAGAGGAGUACAUAUUGAAGUAGAUCUCAACCAAGGAACAUUGAAGGGCGUGCCAGCUGCAUGGAAAGAUACAUUUGGAGAUAGUGCUCAAUAUGAAGAAGAUGUUUCUCAAGUCAAUCCAAACCUUCUUCCUUCCAUCAGCACAUCAUCAUCAGAAGAAAAAGUACAAGGUCUAGUCAUUUCAAAGCCUUUCGAGUUCAAACAUAACAUCCAUGUUGAUUACAACAGUGAGACUGGUUUUGUUGGUCUCCCUCCAGAAUGGGAAUCCAUGUUGAAAUCAUCAGGUAUUACGAAAGACGAAGCAAUGAAAGACCAAGAAGCUGUGUUAGGUAUUUUGGAUUUGGCAACUAACAACAUGCAAAGACCUGAUGAAACAUCAGCCAAACAGAAGCCAAUCGGUGGCAAGAAACGCCUUGUGGAUUAUCUUCAAAAUGAAGAUCCAACAAAAGUGUUCGGUAAACUACAAAGACUUGACGAAGGUUCUUCAGGAGUUGUUUAUAAAGGCAUUCACAACAAGACAGGAAUGAAGGUUGCUAUCAAGAUUAUUCAAAUCAAAGCAGAUACAAAAUUAGAAACAUUGGAGAAUGAAAUUGCUAUGAUGCACUCAUGUCAACAUGAAAACAUUGUAAAGUAUGUCGGAGCCUACUCUCACAACCAAGAUCUUUGGAUUGUCAUGGAAAUGAUGAGUGGUGGUAAAUUGACAGAUUUAUUGUUGAACACUCAAUUUACUGAACCAGAGAUUGCAGCUGUUUGCAAAGAAACAUUGAAAUCUCUCAAAUACCUUCAUGACAAUCAAAGAAUUCACCGUGACAUCAAAUCAGACAACAUUCUUUUGGGUGAGGGUGGUGAAGUUAAAUUAGCUGACUUUGGAUUUUGUGCUGAACUUUCUCAAACAUCAGAUAAGAGACGAUCUGUUGUAGGAACACCAUAUUGGAUGGCUGAAGUUAUUCGUGGUGUAGAUUAUGACACAAAGGUCGAUAUUUGGUCAUUAGGUAUUAUGGCUCUUGAAAUGGCCGAUGGUGAACCACCAUUGCUUGACUUGCCACCAUUGAGAGCUUUGUUUAUUAUUGCAACUCAACCUCCUCCAACUUUGAGAGAACCUGAGAAAUGGUCCAACACCUUUAAAGAUUUCUUAGCUUGUGCUCUUGCCAAGAAUCCACAAAAGAGAGCCUCAGCAGAUGAUCUUUUGGCUCACCCAUUCAUUCAGAAAGCUUGUGACACAAAAUUCCUAGUAGAGCUGAUUAAGAAGUACAGAUUAAAGAAGUAA